UCACGUUGCCUCCUGUGUGCGUCCACACGCUGCCGCCUGGACGCGCCUGUCAUCUACUGGAGGAAACUCCUCCCUACAGACAGCGCGUCCUGUCGCCUUCCCAGCGCAAUGGUCUCCUGGAUCAUCUCUAGACUUGUGGUACUUGUGUUUGGUACACUCUAUCCUGCAUACUCCUCCUAUAAAGCCGUGAAGUCAAAAGAUGUAAAGGAAUAUGUGAAAUGGAUGAUGUACUGGAUCAUAUUUGCCCUAUUCACUGCUGUGGAAGUAUUUACAGAUAUGUUUAUUUGUUGGAUUCCUUUCUACUAUGAACUGAAGAUAGCCUUUGUGGUGUGGCUGCUGUCCCCUUACACCAAAGGCUCCAGUGUGCUAUACAGGAAGUUUGUUCAUCCCACGCUUUCCUCAAAAGAAAAGGAUAUUGACGAGUAUAUCUGCCAAGCGAAGGACAAAAGCUAUGACACACUGGUGCAUUUUGGGAGAAAAGGGCUGAAUGUUGCAGCCACAGCUGCAGUCAUGGCAGCAACAAAGAGCCAAGGGGUCCUGUCAGACAGACUGAGGAGUUUCAGCAUGCAGGAUCUGGCUUCCUAUCAGGAAGAGGCUGUUAACACAGCCCCCGGCACCAAGCAGCCUGCAGCAGCAGCAGCAGCAGCAGCAGCAGCAGCAGCAGGAGGAGGACAGCAUCGGACCAGAUCUAUGAUGCGCAGCAAGUCAGAGAGCUACAACAAGGAAAAGGAUUUUGACAUGACUGACUAUGAGAUGCUGGGGCUGGACCAAUGGGACUCCAGGGGCUCGCUGUCACAGACCACUACACCUUCUGAGUCUGAGUACACUCCCAUUACGCCCUCACUGACACCCCAGUCCUCCCCACCCUCCACGCCCUCUCCACCUCCUUUUCCUUCUUCAGCUCCAGAGCAACCUUGGGAGGUGGGGAGAGGGGUGCAGGCGGGGUCAAGCCCUCCACAGCAUAGGCAGAUUAAGAGGAAGGCUCCAGAGCCACCUCUUAGAGUCUUAAGGCCUCUCACGAGAUCCUGGAGUGCUCUUUCCUCGAACAAUGAAGCCAUGUGAAACUGUCCUAAAGACUCCUCCAGCUGCCUUUGCUGCAAGACAUGAAAAUACUGAAUGGCCAAAAGCUACAUGACUGAAGCAGCCUUGCUUUGGGAUAAGGUAUUACCAAAGUGACCUAUCAUGACCCCUCUAUAUUAAAUAUAAAGCUUGUCUCUCA